UACUUGGUAAUAGUGUAAUUUACUUAUCAAACUAGAAUAAUUAAAAUAUCAGUAACAAAUUUGCCCACGUACAUUUCAGAUCAGUUUAUAUUGUUAUUUAACGUAAUCAUGUUUCGUUUCUUGUUUCUAUCGAUAGUGUUUCUGUUUUUUAUCGGUUGUGAAUCGAGUGAAUUAAUUUCUUUAACGCUGUUAUUUCGACAUGGAAGCCGAGCACCUCGAAAAGUAUUCGAUUCGGACCCUUAUAAAUCAAGAAUAGCGGAAAUAUGGCCCGAAGGAUUAUCACAAUUAACAAAAUUAGGUAAACAACAACAAUAUUCACUCGGGUUAUGGUAUCGUCAACGAUAUAGUGAAUUUAUACCAGAAAAAUACGAUCCUACUUUCUUAAGAGUAUUGUCUUCCAAUAAAGAUAGAUGUUUAAUGUCCGCCGCUGUGAAUUUAGCGGGACUUUUUCCACCGAAAGGAGAACAAAUUUGGAAUUCUAAUAUACCAUGGCAACCGAUACCGAUCCACACUUCUCCUAUAGAACAAGACGUUUUAAUAUCGAAUAAAAGAAAAUGUAAAAAGUACGAAAAACUUUCCGAAGAAUUAAAAGAUACGUAUUAUUAUAAGAAAUUUAUGUCCGACUCAAAAUGCCUGUUUGAUUAUUUAACUAAGAAUAUCGGUGAAAACAUAUCAACUUUAGAUGAUGCAACUUUUGUCCACGACACAUUUUUUAUUGAAGAUUACUUUAAUUUAACUUUACCCAACUGGAGUAAGAAAGUAUUUCCUGUUAGUACUUUGCCACUGUUGAUCCAAGUAUUCGUAUUGGAAACGAACAACACGGCUUUGGCUAGAUUAAAAUCUGGUCCUUUAAUUAACUACAUAACCUCAUUUUUUGAAGAUGUUAUAAAAGAUCCAACAAAUUCGCAAAAAUUAUUAAUGCUUUCCGUACACGACAGUACUUUAGCUCAUCUAAUGAAUACUCUACAAAUUUACGAUGGUACUUGGACAGAAUACGCUUCUACUCUCAUGUUUGAACUUAGACGAGAAAAAAAUACGGAAUUUUUGAACGUUUAUUUUAAAAAUAGUACGAUGUUGAGAAAUAUUCGAUUCAAAGAAUGUAAUUUCGAUUGUCCUUUUGAAAAAUUUAAAGAAAUUGUAAAACCUUUUAGGAUAACUGAACAAGAGCGUGAAACGGAAUGUCUAAAUGUUUAGUUAUAUUAAAGAAAUUGAUAAUAAAAUGAUAAAAAACA